CAGCGCGGCCAAGUCAGGAAGGGAACGGCUGAGCAGACAACUGCAGGAACUCUCCUCAAAAAACGGCGAGAGGAAUCUCGUCCACAGAGCCGAUGAGACUGGCCGUGAAUCGUCAUGACAGGUAACUGUAGGACUGCAGGGAAUCUCCACAACUGGAACUGGAACGGGAACGUGUAGCCUCGAUGAACGGACAAGACGAUCUGGCAGCGGGGAGUGUGUGGCUGCAGCUUAAAUACACAGCGACAGCCGGUGAGCGCAGGUGGGGCCAAUCGCUUGAUUGCAGCGCUGCAGCAGUGUAGGUAAAGGGUGGAGGAGUGAUGGUGUUUGCAGUUGAUUAAAGUCCACACUCAGAAGAAAGAAAAUGAAGGAGAGGCUGCUCCGCGGUUUGCUCUCGGAGAUCUCCGUGCGGAUGCUUUUGUUAGUAGUUUUCCUAGUGACUGAGCAGCUCCCUCCCUUCAACCGGGAAAUCCAGGCAGAGGAGAUGUGGCUGUACAAGUUCCAUCGUGUGGAGCGAGACCAUGUACCCACCUCUCUCAUGUUUAGUGUAGCUUUCUUCACCCCAUUGAUUGUAAUCCUGGUUUUCACAUUCAUGAAGAAGUCGGAGCAAGGAGAACUGAGAGAGGCCUCUCUGGCUGUGACUCUGACUCUGGUUUUGAAUGGAGUUUUCACCAAUGUCAUCAAACUGGUGGUAGGCAGGCCUCGGCCAGAUUUCUUCUACCGCUGUUUCCCAGAUGGUCAGAUGAACCUGGAGCUGCGCUGCACUGGUGACCCAGAUACUGUUAUGGAGGGCAGGAAGAGCUUUCCCAGCGGGCAUUCCUCCUUUGCCUUUGCAGGUCUGGGUUUUACAGCCUUGUACGUCGCAGGAAAGCUGUGCUGCUUUAAUUCUGUGGGUCAGGGCAAAGCCUGGAGGUUGAUUGCCUUCCUAAUGCCCCUGCUGGUUGCCACUUCGAUUGCCCUCUCCAGAACAUGUGACUACAAACAUCACUGGCAAGGUCAGCAAUCACACAAAAGAUGAUUAUUUUUAAAUUAC